AUCACCAAGUGAAAGAGUAGUGAGAGAGAAGAGGCUGCUCAGACAGUGCCCUGAGGGACAUAACUGGCUUGGGGCAUAACCUGAGUGAAGAUCCAGCAAAGGAGACACAGAAGGAGCUGUCAGAUAGGUGCAUGUGUGUGUGUGUGUGUGUCUCUCUCAGCCUCUUCUGGUCCGUGGAGUACCUGUUAGCGCAGGCAGUGGUGUAAAGAUGGCUAAGUCUAAGAACCAUACCACCCACAACCAAUCGCACAAAUGGCAAAGAAAAGGCAGCAAGAAACUUCAGACACAGAGAUACAAGUCUCUGAAAGGGAUUAGAAACAAAGGCUUUGAAAAGAAAGAAAAGAAGAGGGAAUUGACUGAGAUAAAAACCCACAAAACCAAAUCUGUCAAAGCCCUAACAGAGGCCAUCCACGUCCUAAGCAAAAAAGUCUCUAUGUCUGAGCUCCACCGGUCACCACCUCUGAUCACCAAACACAGAAAUAAAGCCAAUGCCAGGCGCAUUGGCCUCAAGACUGCUACCAAAUGUUCAGGAUCCAAGGUCAGCACUGCACACCUAGACCCCAAGAUCACUAAGCCUGACUCUAAGGUUGCCAGAGCCACUGAACUGAGGGUGGCCAAGUCCCAUGAUCGCAAAGCUGUGAAGCCCGAUCCCAAGGUCACCAAAUCUGAGCACCGCAGAUCUGGCCCUAAGGCUAACAAAUCGGAUGCCAAGGCAAUCAAGUCUGAAGCCAAGGUCACCAAGCACAAAGUCAAAGUCACCAAAUCUGAAGGCCAAAUUACCAAGUCUGACUCCAAGACCACCAAAUCUUACCCCCGCACUACUAAAUCUGACUCCGAUAUCAUCAGAUCCAAACCGAAUGCAGGCAAGUUUGAAGCCAAGGUCACCAAAUAUGAAGGCCGUAUUACCAAAUCUGACACUAAGACCACCAAAUCUGGCCUCAAGACGAGCAAGUCUGAAGCCAAGGUCACCAAAUCUCAUUCCAAAGCAACCAAGUCUGAAGCGAAAGUCAACAGAGCUGAAGUUCAAAUGACUAAGUCUUACCCCAAGUCCUCCAAAUCUGGCUCUAAGACUAAUAAGUAUGACUCUGAGGUGACCAAGUCUAAUUCCAAUGCAACCAAGUCCAAAGCCAAAAUCACCAAAUCUGAAGCCCAAAUGAGCAAAUCUGACCCCAAGAACACCAAAUCUGACCCCAAGACCACAAAGGUCUCCAAGGCCAUCAAGUCUGACCAUGAGGUCACCAAGUCUAACUCAAAUGCAACAAAGUCCAAAGCCAAGGUCAUCAAACCUGAAGCCCAAAUGACCAAAUCUGACCUUAAGACCACCAAAUCUGGCCCCAAGGACACCAAGUCUGAUCCCAAGGCAAACAAAACCAAAGCCAAAGUCACCAAGCCUGAAGUCAAAAUCACUAAGUUUGACUCCAAGGCCCCCAGAAAUGUUCACAAGGCCACCAAGACUAACACUAAAGUCUCCAAGGCCACCAAGUCUAAUCCCAAGGUCUUCAAGGCUUCCAAAUCUGACACCGAUGUUACUAAAUCUAAUCCUAAGGCAAACAAGUCCGAAACCAAGGUCACCAAACCUGAAGCCCAAAUCACCAAGACUGACUCCAAGACUACCAAAUCUGGCCCAAAGGCCACAUAUGACAAUAAGGUCUCCAAGGCCUUCAAGUCUGACACUAGGACCACCAAGUCUGAUCCCAAGGCAAUGAAAUCCAAAGCCAAAGUCACCAACUCUGACCCCAAGGCCACAAAAAAUGGUUUCAAGGCCACUAAGACUAACAACAAGGUCUUCAAGGCUAUAAAGUCUAAUUCUGAGAUCACAUUUGAUCACAAGGCCACCAAAAAUGGUUUCAAGGCCACUAAGACUAACAAGGUCUUCAAGGCUAUAAAGUCUAAUUCUGAGAUCACGUUUGAUCACAAGGCCACCAAAAAUGGUUUCAAAGCCACCAGGACUAACACCAAGGUCUCCAAGGCUACAAAGUCUGAUUCCGAGAUCACGUUUGAUCCCAAGGCCACCAAAAUUGGUUUCAAGGCCACCAGGAUUAACACCAAGGUCUCCAAGGCUACAAAGUCUGAUUCCGAGAUCACAUUUGAUCCCAAGGCCACCAAAAAUGGUUUCAAGGCCACCAGGAUUAACACCAAGGUCUCCAAGGCUACAAAGUCUGAUUCCGAGAUCACAUUUGAUCCUAAGGCCACCAAAAAUGGUUUCAAGGCCACCAGGACUAACACCAAGGUCUCCAAGGCUACAAAGUCUAAUUCUGAGAUCACGUUUGAUCCCAAAGCAAUCAAGUCUGAAGUCAAGGUCACCAAGUCUGAAAUCAAAAUCAGCAAGUUUGACCCCAAGGCCAAUAAAUGUGGCCCCAAGGCUAUCAAGUCUAACACUAACAUCUUCAAGACUGCCAAGUCUGAAGUUAAGAUUACCAAGGUUGACUCAAAGAUCAUGAAGCCCAGUGAUUCCAAGACUUCGAAGCUCAUUGAUUUCAAGGCUGCUAAGUCUGUCGAGCCUCCACUGUACCAAAAGCAGUCAAAAGCAGAUACUGGGACUAAAGCUACUAGUUUGAAGCCUUCUAAAUAGAAGUUUCAGGACAAAAUGACAUGUUUAAAUCUUAAAUCACUGUUUUUUUUCUAAGCCAGGAUAUGAUUAUUCAUUAUUUUAUACAAAUAAAGGAAAUGGUGAGUCAUAAGAAAACAAAAAACAAAACAAAAAAUGUUACAUCUUCUUUUUGAGUAUUUUAUUCCUUAAAAUGGAUACACACAUAUGAAAGCACACACACAUAUAUACACAUAUAGAUAUUUAUUUAUAUGUAUAUAUCAAACAAAUAUACAUGCAGAAGUCUCAAAUGCAAUUUAAAUGGACUGCCACUUUUGGGAAAAAAAGGCUCUAUUGCCACCUGCAGGUUUCUUAAGGGAAUUGAAUUUCAAAGUUUUUUUUGUUUUUGUUUUGUUUUGUGUGUGUGUGUGUGUGUGUGUGUGUGUGUGUGUGUGUGUGUGUGUGUGUGUGUGUGUGUUUAAUAAAAAGGAUGCUUCUGAGUCAGGAAAAAUCAAACAAAACAUGAAACAAAGCCUUUUAGAGCUGGAAAGGCUCCUAUUAAACAACUAAGUCCCACCUCUUCAUUUUGCAGUCAGAGAUGAAACAACAUAACUAUUUGUUGGUUAACCAGAGAUUCCAUCUGAUUCCUACUUGGAGGCUUUCUUCCCCCAAUAAAUAUCUAGGCAGUUUACCUCAUCUACUUCUUCCCAAACACCACUGAAACUCGGCUGUAGAUUCUUUUCUUUAAGCUCAGUGAAUUUUGUAUUCUUUUAUUUUUCAGUUCCAAGUUUUCUCCCUCUCCUUACCCUAUCCCUUAUUCAAUGAAAAGACAAGAAAAAUAAGACCUAUAACAAGUAUGGAUAGUUAUGCAAAACAAUUUCCACAUUAGCCAUACUACAAAAAAAAAAAAGACAAGAAAAAGAAAGA